AUGACAUCCCGUCGAUCUACUAUUCCCAUCAUCUUGCGCAACUCUGACACGGAGUCUACAGCCGUUCACAAGCCGCUCGUCCUGCCACCGCAAGUCAACAUCGAGUCAUUCAACAAGUUUAUAAUUGGCAUCAUCAACUUGAUUGGGGCUGAAAAUGUCGAUGUCAUCUCUUCCAAAGACCAGAUCGACGACGGCUCGUAUAUGAAACCAACCUACACCCACGAUCCCCACCAUGUUCUUCCACAGGACCACUUCUUGGCUUCCGCCAUAGUUGCUCCACGUAAUGUUUCUGAUGUUCAGGCCAUCGUUCUCGCGGCAAAUGAAUUGUCAUUUCCUUUGUGGCCAAUUUCCAUUGGAAGAAACUCUGGCUAUGGAGGUGCUGCGCCACGAGUCAGUGGAAGCUUGGUUAUCAAUAUGGGGAAAAACAUGAAUAAGAUUCUCGAGGUAAAUGUGGAAGGCGCAUACUGUCUGGUAGAGCCAGGCGUGACAUUCGCCGAUAUGCAUGAGUACCUUGUUAAAAACAACCUCCGCGACAAGCUCUGGAUCGAUGUCCCGGACCUUGGUGGAGGCUCCAUUCUCGGAAACACACUGGAGCGCGGUGUUGGAUAUACUCCGUAUGGAGAUCAUUGGAUGAUGCACAGCGGUAUGGAAGUUGUACUGCCAAACGGCGAACUCCUUCGCACUGGAAUGGGCGCAUUGCCUGACCCAAAGCAACCGAAAUCCAUGGGGCUUCGACCUGAGGACCAGCCUAUGAACAAAACAGCGCAGCUGUUCCCCUAUGGUUUUGGCCCCUAUGUUGACGGCCUGUUCAGCCAGUCGAAUUUGGGUAUUGUAACAAAGAUGGGAAUGUGGUUGUUCCCUAACCCAGGAGGAUACCAAUCUUACCUUAUUACAAUCCCCAAGGACGAGGACUUGAAGCAAGCCGUUGAUAUUAUCCGACCGCUGCGGCUCUCCAUGGCACUUCAGAAUGUCCCCACAAUCCGGCACAUUCUCCUCGAUGCGGCCGUCAUGGGAUCGAAAGCCGAAUACACGUCAAAAACUGGGCCGCUCAAUGACGAAGAAUUGGAUGCCAUCGCCAAGAGGCUGAACUUGGGCAGGUGGAACUUCUAUGGCGCACUUUAUGGACCUGAACCGAUUCGAAAUGCUCUUUGGAGUGUUAUCAAGGAGGCGUUCUCAGCCAUUCCAGGAGCCAAGUUCUACUUCCCAGAAGACGUUCCAGCAAACUCUGUUCUUCACACCCGCGACAAGACGUUACAGGGUAUCCCGACUUACGACGAAUUGAAGUGGAUCGACUGGGUUCCGAAUGGCGCCCAUCUCUUCUUCUCCCCCAUUGCCAAGGUCGCAGGAGACGACGCAAUGUUGCAGUACGCGGUUACCAAGCAGAGAUGCAAGGAAGCAGGUCUGGAUUUCAUCGGUACUUUUACUAUCGGCAUGAGAGAGAUGCACCACAUCGUAUGCAUUGUCUUUGACAAGAAGUCAGACGAGGAAAAGAAGAAGGCGCAUUGGUUGAUCAAGACGCUGAUUGACGACUGCGCUGCGAAUGGCUGGGGUGAGUAUCGCACUCAUUUGGCCGUCAUGGAUCAAAUCAUGGGCACCUAUUCAUGGAACGACAACAUCUUGUUGAAAUUUAACGAGGUGAUCAAGAAUGCCGUUGAUCCAAAUGGGAUUAUGGCGCCUGGAAAGUCUGGGGUCUGGCCGAAGCAGUACAGCAAGCGCGACUGGAAGCUGUGA